AUGGGUGCUGGGUCUCACCCAGCCCACCCUUCAGCCCAGCCUUAUCGAAAAAGGGUUGAAGUAAAGGAAGGAGGUGGAACUAUUGCGAGUGAGAACCCCGAGGAGGCCGCUCUGCAGAACCCUCUGUCCCAGGAGUCCUGCAAGUUCCCGUCCUCGCAGGAAGCGGAGGACACCCCGGGCGGCUCUCAGAAAGACCCGAGCCCCAUGGUGCUAUGUCAGUUGAAAGGGGGGACACAAAUGCUGUGCAUAGACAAUUCGGGCACGAGAGAACUAAAAGCACUCCAUUUGGUUCCUCAGUAUCAAGACCAAAAUAAUUCUCUACAGUCAGAUGCCCCUAAGCCAAUGACUGCUUUAGUAGGAAGAUUUUUGCCAGUGCCAGCAAAAUUAAAUCUCAUUACACAACUGGAUAACGGAGCCGCACCGUCCGUGGCCACCGGGCCUGCCUUCCCCUCAGGACCAGCUCUCCCGGGACCACCCAAAAUAACUUUGGCUGGGUACUGCGACUGCUUUGCCAGCGGGGAUUUCUGCACCAACUGCAACUGUAAUAAUUGUUGCAACAACUUACGCCACGGAAUUGAACGCUUUAAGGCCAUCAAGGCUUGUCUUGAUAGAAAUCCUGAAGCUUUCCAACCAAAAAUCGGGGCAGGCCGAGUGGGGGACGUGAAGCCUCGACACAGCAAGGGGUGUCACUGCAAGAGGUCGGGCUGCCUGAAGAACUACUGCGAGUGCUAUGAGGCCAAAAUCAUGUGUUCCUCUACCUGCAAAUGCAUUGGUUGCAAAAACUAUGAAGAAAGCCCAGAACGAAAACCGCUCGUGGCCGCGCCGAGCUACCUGGAAGCUGGAGGCUCGGAAGGCGGCCCUCACCCGUCAGGACCACCGAAGCUCAGGGCCGAGAGGCGGCCCUCGUGCAUCUCCUGGGAGGUGGUGGAGGCCACGUGCGCCUGCCUGCUGGCUCAGGGCGAAGAGGCCGAGAAGGGGCGCUGCUCCGAGGGCCUGGCCGAGCAGAUGGUCCUGGAGGAGUUCGGGAGGUGCCUGUCCCAGAUUCUCCACAUCGAGUUUACGUCGAAAGGGCUGAAGCUGGAGUAG